CGUUCGCCGGCAGUAAGAGCACGCGGGCCACAUAUUUGAUACAAUGAUACUAUCUACUAUCGUAUUAAAUAAUUUGCAAUUUUUUUCAAAAUAAGAUAAGUCUACCAAAGUUUAAAACGUAAAUCCAUAUCACAGCUGCGGCGAUAGGCAAAAUCUUUCCCGCCUUUAUUUUAUCAAUAGAACAACUCUGUUCAGUCUCGGCUUAACAAUUACUACAAUAAAUGAGAAUACGUAUAAUAAGAUACACACAAAAAAAAACCAUCGUUUAUAAUAUAAUAUAUGUUGAUAUAGCAGGUGGAGAUUUGCAAGUUACAAGUGGUCGUUCAACUCGUAAGUCGUAGUAGAAAUUAGUUAACGUAGCAUCGUAGCACUAUAAGUGCUUAAACCGCGAAAACGAGUGUAGUAUUCACUAUUCAGCAUUCAGUAACCGGUUCACGUUUAAUGUUUAACCUGUUGUUAACAAAACAACAAAGUGACAAGCUUUAUGAGGAACCGAAGCAGUAAUUGAAGCAUUCCUGUUCCAUUUCGAAGUUUGCAUCGUUUUUCCUUCUUAACGUGUAGUCUCAAUAACCAUAGUCAUACAGCUAUACUGGCUCUCAUUGUCUUUUUUGUUGUUUUUACUGCUUUUCAUCUAUUCUUUGUUACUGCUACAUAGAUAUAAAACAGUUUCAUUACAUGAAAAUGCAAGUAAUUAAAAAACCAUUCCGUGUAGCAAUUGAAGGAAAUGUUGGGUCUGGAAAAUCAACAUUAAUAAAGUAUUUUGAAAACUUUAAGGAAGUUGAAACAAAUGCUGAACCAAUAGAAUCAUGGAGAGAUAUAAAUGGUCAUAACUUACUUCAACUGACAUACUCAGAUCCUCACAGAUGGAAUUUUGCUUUUCAACAUAAUGUACAACUAAGUCGUUUGAAUUUACAGUCAAAAACUACGAAUAAAGACAUACAAAUGUUUGAACGAUCUUUACAAAAUAAUAGAUAUUGUUUUGUGGAGAUGGCUCAUGACAAAGGAUUAUUAUCUAGUCCUGAAUAUGGAGUAAUGUGCCAAUGGUAUGAAUACAUUGAAGCAAAUGUAGACAUUGGAUUAGAUCUAAUUGUUUAUCUAAGAAGUUUACCUGAUAUAGUAUAUACAAGAAUGCAACGUCGCAAUCGUCCAGAAGAACGUACUGUAAAACUUGAUUAUUUGGCAGAUCUUCAUGAAUAUUAUGAAAAAUGGUUAAUAAAGAAAUAUUAUAAUCUCCCAUAUCCAUUAUUGGUGAUAGAUGUCAACAAAGACUUAUCUGAUAAUCAGCUUAUAGAUAUAUAUAAAACUUAUGAAGAUAGAAUAUUAGGAAAAAUACCAGUUUUAUAAUGUUGUAUUGUAUGUAAUACAUUUUACAGAGUAAGUGAUUUCAUGUUUUAUCAAAGUAACUCUUAUAAAGAUUAAUUUUUAAGUUAUUUUUUAUUUUUUAAUAGUUUUACAUUUGUAUUAAUUUGCAUCUUCUUAAAAAAAAAAACAAUACUUUUUAAUUUGUAUAACAUUAAACAUUGUUACCUUAACUUUAUUUUAGACCAUUUUCUCAAACGUUUAACUCUAAAUAUUUUACAUGUUAGUUAUAUCAAUCAAAUAUUUAAUAAAGAGUACACAUAUUUACA